UGUCUUGUAAUGUUAAUUUCGGUUUGUUAUUUAUUGUGUGAUUUUCUAAAAUAAAAUGUUGUGUGUAUUAAAACAAAAGUGAUUUUAAUAACUUCUGGAAUUUAUCAGUUACUAAUUGAUUAUGCUUAUAUUUUUCAAAAAAGCUAGAAACCUGCUAUAAAAUGACGGAUUCUCAAGUAGCAAACAUUGUAAACGAAAUUUUGCGGGUAGAGGCUGUGGAGGAAGCAUUCAGUUGUUUUCUGGUUUACAAACCAGAACAGGAAAGUGAGAGGUUAUCCAUAUAUCAGAAAAAGCUAUGUUCCAUCAUGAGCAGUCCCAGUGCGGAGGUGCAAGAAUCAGCUAUCCGUCAGUAUCUUACUUUGACUGCAGUCCUCACAAACAGAUAUAAAAUGAAACAGCUGCUGGGUUUACUUGAGAAUUUAGUAAACACUAAUAUACUUCAAGCAAGAAUGCUCUGCGAUUGUAUAUUAACAAGCGAGAAACUGGUUUACAAAAAUAGUGAUUAUUGGAUUGAAUGCUUCAAUCUAGUUAGACGAGUUAUUGGUGGUGUUGACUACAAGGGUGUUAGAGAAAUUAUGAAAGGUUGCAGAGAAAAAGCACAAACUUUACCAGUAAGACUCAACUCCAGCACAAUGCCUCAAAUGAGAGCAUUGUGUAAUGUCAUUGAGUAUAUUUUUGAUCGUAAUGCAUCACUCUUGCCUGCAUAUUUCAUAGUCACUGAAAUUCAAAAGGACUAUCCAGAUAAUAAUCAUUGGCCACACUGGCAGCUGGCUAAACUACUUACCACAUUUGUUGAAAGUUUCAAGCCUUGCGCUCAAAUGGUAUCAAUUAUUGGUCAUUCACAAAUGUUGCCCGUGGUAGAAUUUUCUGGAUAUGCCGACCAUUUGGUAAACCCAUGGCGGUUAGAUCCAACAACACUUAAAUUCUCUCUAAAAGGCAAUUUGCCUUAUGAUGAUGAAUUACUUAAGCCUCAAAUAUCAUUACUAAGGCAUGUUCUUCAGCAGCCCUACUCCAGGGAUAUGAUGUGUUCUAUGCUAGGCUUGCAAAAACAGCACAAACAAAGAUGUAUAGCAUUAGAAGACCAGCUUGUGGAAUUAAUGAUUUUACCCAUGGAAAGGAGUGAGCAAGAGAAUGAGGAUGAUGAAAUGCCAUCUACGCAUUGGUGCUGGUUGCAUUUAUCCUCACAAGUGAUAUAUUUAAUCCUGAUUGGGUUCGCAUCAUUCCCUAGCAUAGUAAUGGGUCUACAUAAUAAACUUGUUGGGUGUGAUCUGAAGAAAGGACGGGAUCACCUUAUGUGGGUUCUUUUACAAUUUAUAUCUGGAAGCAUACAACGGAAUCCGCUGUCUAACUUUUUACCCAUAAUUAAAUUGCAUGAACUGCUUUAUCCAGAGAAGGAAGCAUUGCCAAUGCCUGAUUAUACAAAAGCUCAUUGCACUCAUCAGAUGGCUGUUGUGUGUAUUUGGAUGCAUUUGUUAAAAAAAGCUGAAUCUGAACACAAAACUAUGAUAAUGCCACAAAACUUGAAGGUACAAUAUGAAUUCCUGCAACACCUGAUGACAUCAAACAACACACCAACUUUAAUGGGUGCAGACUAUCGCAUUGCUCUGCUAUGUAAUGCAUAUUCAACUAACCAAGAGUAUUAUGCCCGACCUAUGGGGAUCAUUAUAGAAACACUAUUUGGCAAUCAAAAGCCCAUGCCAAAUGGAAACCCUGCGGCUCCUCUGCCAACAGUACCUUUAUCGAUGUGUAUAUUGGAUAGUCUUACAUUGCAUUGCAAAAUGUCAUUAAUACAUUCCAUAGUGACACAUGUGGCUAAGCUGGCUCAAAAUAAAACCACAAUACCUGGCAGUAAUAUGAUGGCACCAGCAUUAGUUGAGACAUAUAGCCGUCUUCUUGUUUACACUGAAAUUGAGUCACUUGGAAUUAAAGGAUUUAUUAAUCAACUUCUGCCGAAUGUAUUCAAAUCCCACGCGUGGGGUAUACUUCACAACUUGCUGGACAUGUUCUCAUACAGGAUACAUCACAUUCAACCUCACUAUAGAGUUACCUUACUGUCUAAUAUCAACUCACUCGCAGCUUACCCUCAGGCUAACCAGACUCAGUUGCAAUUAUGUUUCGAGAGUACAGCGCUCCGUCUAAUAACGAGUCUGGGCAGUUCGGGCGUUCAGCUGCAGAUGUCGCGUGUGGUUUCCGAGCCCAAGUCCUGUGUAGUUGUCAGCAGCGAGAGUGAAGAACUAAACAGAGUGCUGGUCCUCACUCUCGCCAGAGGAAUCUAUAUGACAGGAACAGGUAAUGAUGGAGCAGCAGUGAAGGAGAUACUAACGACCAUAAUGACGAACACUCCCCAUAUGUGGUCUCAACACACGCUGCAAUGCUUCCCUCCUGUACUAGUCGAAUUCUUCUCACAGAAUCCAGCCCCAAAAGAAAACAAGCAACUUUUAAAAAAAUCGGUAGAAGAAGAAUACAGGAAGUGGACUUCAAUGGCGAACGACAAUGAUAUUAUAUCACAUUUCUCUGUUCCUGGAACACCGCUGUUCCUAUGCUUGCUAUGGAAAAUGAUAUUUGAAACGAACAGAAUUAAUCCCAUUGCUUUCAAGAUCCUUGAACGUAUUGGUGCUAGAGCUUUGUCGGCUCACCUACGCAAGUUCUGCGACUAUUUAGUAUUUGAGGUAACAAAUCCAGCUGGGGGUCCCCACAUCAACAAGUGUGUGGACGCAAUCAACGAUAUCAUAUGGAAAUACAACAUCGUCACCAUUGACAGACUUGUUCUCUGCCUUGUACUGCGCCCAAACCCGGACGGCAACGAGAGUCAAGUGUGCUUAUAUAUCAUUCAAUUACUACUCCUAAAAGGAUCGGAACUUAGAAACAGAGCACAGGAUUUCGUAAAAGAAAACUCUCCAGAACAUUGGAAGCAAAACAACUGGUAUGAACGCCACUCAGCCUUCCACCGGAAGUAUCCAGAGAAGUUCGCACCUGAAGAAACGAGCGGAGCGUACGGCGGCCCUAUUCCUGUUUACCUCAGCAACGUGUGUCUCAGGUUCAUACCUGUGUUGGACAUCGUAGUUCACAGACAUCUUGAGAUACCGCAAGUCAGUAAGAACCUGGAACAACUGCUGGAACAUCUCGGUUAUUUGUACAAAUUUCACGACCGGCCAGUAACAUUUCUAUACAACACGCUUCACUACUACGAGAGUAAGCUACGAGAUAAGCCAUUACUGAAACGCAAGUUGGUGACGGCUGUAUUAGGCUCCCUUAAAGAAGUCCGGGCCCCAGGUUGGGCUACAACAGAAGCCUUCCAGACUUUCCUUGGCAGCGAAACUGAAGCGUGGAGUCCAGACCUUAACUACUAUCUAAGUCUGAUCAACCGUAUGGUUGAUACUAUGAUGGGCAGUUCUCAUUUCCCGAACACCGAUUGGCGCUUCAAUGAAUAUCCGAAUCCUUCAGCGCAUUGUCUAUACGUGACAUGUGUUGAACUGAUGUCCCUGCCGGUGCCCCCGAAUACGGUCGGAAACAACCUUCUCGAUGUGGUCACAAAAGGUUUCGUUGUGAUCCCUGCAAACAAAAUACAACUCUGGAUUAAUGCAAUAGGGAUCAUAAUGGCAGCGCUUCCCGAUCCUUACUGGACCGUGGUCCAUGACAGGCUAUUAGAACUCAUAACUGGGACGGAGAUGGUAGAAUGGACGUACCAGCAUACGCCGUUCCAAUUAUUCAAUUUGACCAAGACUAAUGAAUGUAUGUUAGAGAAUAAAUACAGUCUGACGUUGGCAUUAGCGCAUGCGGUAUGGUACCACGCUGGCCCCGGACAGAUUAUGCAAGUUCCAACGUUCGUCAAAGAGAAGAUGUCCCCGGAAAUUAGGACGGAAGUUCAGCUGAUAUUCCUGUGUCAUCUGAUGGGUCCUUACUUACAGCGUUUUAACACUGAUCUGUCAAGAGCUGUCAUGGAUAUAACUAUAGUGUUAUAUGAGUUACUGGCUCAUAUAGACAAGUCACAGACCCACUUGCAGUACAUUGAUCCUAUAUGUGAUCUGCUAUAUCAUAUAAAAUACAUGUUCGUUGGCGAUACAAUGAAGAAUGAAGUGGAAAACGUGAUACGAAAGCUACGACCGGCUUUACAAAUGAGACUACGUUUCAUUACUCACUUAAACGUAGAACAAAUAAAUACCGCCUAGCAGAACGACUACUACAGCUACACUCCGUCCAGCUCUAGCUCGAGCUCGGAGUAAUACUGUAGUAUGAAUAGUAAACGAGACUUAUGACAUUGACAGUGACAGUGACAGUUGUGAGACAAAAAUGUCACAUGUGAAUUACAACAAGGAGGUCGAGUUCUGUUAUACUUCUGAUAGUUUGUGUAUAUGCUAUUAAUUUGAGUAUAUCGCUGAUGUUUUUUUGCGGUCCUAACAAUAGUUUCUGUAUGCUGCUGACCGAUUAUGUAUACUUCCGAAGGGUUGUGUGUCGUAAUGAAGGUUUGUAUAUCUUGCUAAUGGUUUGUGCAUAGAAGUAAUGGGUCAUGUAAUCUGAAGAUGGCUCAUAUAUCCUGCUUAUGAUUUGUGUUACAGUCAUUGUAAAGAAAUUUGUUUCUUAGCAGAUAUUAUAUAUUUACAUCCGAUUUAUUAUUAGAAAGUGAUGUAGAUUUUAUGAUCAAAUUAUGAGUAAUUAAUGUUAACAAGUAAUUUGAAAUAACUAUGAAACAUGACUCAAUAUACAUGUGGCCUUCUAUAUUAAGUCCAUAAAGAUAAACACAACAAGUAAUUUUAUAUACCAGAUUGAUUUCAUCAUGUUUUAAGUACUAACAGUACACAUCUUUAAGAUAACAUUUGGCUGGCAUCAAAUGUGGUAUAGUCAUUAAUAAUUUAGGCAUAAAUUUGACCAAUGUUUUAGCACAAUUAAAAUUCAUAAGUAUGAUAGUGCGCUAGCUUUUGGAGGAAACUAAGUUUAGGACAGUUUUUACAAAUGGUUUUUUCAUUAAUGUAAGCACUAAUAUUGUCGUGAUUUGACUCAUUGUAAGGUUUCAUUAGUACAAAUUGAGUAACAUGUAAUUAAGUAAUCCAAUGAUAUAAAUAUAACUGAUGACCGCAGUAUAGUGAGUUAAAGCAAUAAUAAUGUACAAGAUAUGUAGAAAUGCUGUCUAUUGACAGUUAUUGUAUUUUGAUAAAGUUACAGACAUGUUGAAGUUCAUGAAAGUGUCAAAGAUGCAGAUUUUAAAUAUAUUUUUUGAUGGAUGUAAGUAGUUGAACAUAGGUUUUGUUCUUGAUUAUUACAAAAACAGAAAUAAGUACAUAUUUGUUUUGUCGUCUUAUGUUGUUUUUAUUGCAACAAUUCUCUCUAGGUCUGUCUGAUAUGUAUAAUAAAUAAAACUUUUUUUUUUCAUUAUUUUUACCAAUCAAAUCAAUUUUUGAUAUUUGUUGAACACUGAAAAUAUACCUGAUGAUAUGAUACUUCCAUCGAUCUAUAUUGUGUCUUGAAAAUCAGUGUGCCUUAAACUCACAGAUACCUGUUAUAAAUACAAACAAUAUUACAAUUAUAUCAUAUUAUAUACCAUAAACCAAAUAUUGUAUGUGUAGCUAGCAUUGUUUCCUAGUUAACAUUAAAUGCUAGAGUGUUUUCUCACCUCAAGCAUACAGUAAAUAGAUAUUGAAGAUAUAGUCUCAAUAUAGAAUCUUUUAUGAAAUCAUAUUUGCAAAUACAACUUAGGUAAUUACACAUUGAUUCUGAGCAUUGCAAUGUCACAACAUUACCAUCACAAUAUUUAUAUCUGUCAUAGGAACAGUAUAAGAACAAAAUGUAAGUCAUAUUUCAUUAUCAAAGUUAGUAAAUUAACUAGUCUUAUUUUACGAAAAGUGAUAUAUCUUUUUGAUUCUUAGCUUUUUAUUAGCUAUUAUUAUCUUGCCUAACUUAGGUAUUCAGAGCUUCAUUAAGAAUUGUCUAUUUUUAAUGAAGCUAAUCGCAAUGUAAAGUUGAAUAUAUAAACUGUAAUUAAUUAUUAAUGUUCAAAUUUAUGUUCUUACACAAAUGAAAUCGCACAUUUAUCUCAACAAUUGAAUUGAGUAAUGUUUGAACGGUAUUUAUUUAUGUACAUAAAUAAGAAUGUAGCACAUUGUUUUGAUGUAUCGGCCACAAAAUCUUAACAGACAAUAGUUCUUUCCUAGUUUGACGCUACGCUUAUUAUAUUGAUAAUUCAGUAUCAAAGUUUGAAUGAAGACAGUUACUAUUUUUAUUAGUAUUUCCAUUAAUAAUGACUAGAUAUAAGCUGAGCAAAGCUAGAACAAUGUGCUAUGCUUUUUUUUUGGACCUCACAUUACUUCUGUAUAACAAAGAUUUGACAUUUUUAUAGAUUAUGUAUAUUUUAUUAUACUUUUUUACAAUUAAUUUAUGACAUAAAUUAUUAAAAUGCCUUUGAUACAAUUGUAAGCAAUAGUUAAAGUAGUUUUAUAAGUAUAAUUGACCUCAGAUUUAUCUUUACAUUAACAUAUGCAAAUUUUUACUUACAUAUAUUUUAUGAUGUAGGUAAGAUAAGAGUUAUAUGCCUCGUUUUAGAAUAGUAAAUAAAAUAUUAGAGGAGUAGUUUAAACACUACAUAUUGUAGCAAAUUAUGUUCUCAUUAGUUAUAAUUUAAGGUCAGAUUUUGAUUAGAUGUGAUCAAUAAGUUUUAUAAAAUAGAGUAAUUUGAGGUUACAAUAGCAGUAAAUAAAAUAAGUUUGUCAUUCUUAUAAUAGUUUAGAUAAUUAGAAAUAAAAAAUUAAAGUGUCAUUAAGUGAAAAAUAAAAUCAAUUGCAACUCUUCUUUACAUAAAGAAUAUUAUAAAAAGAAGAAAUAAUGCUUAUUUGUUCUCAUUCUUCUAAGAUCAUUGCAAUUAUGUCAUUUACACAGUUUAUAAAAGUGGUAUGCCACUUAGCAUGUUUUACCAUUUUCUAAUAUCACAUUUUAUACUACCAUUAAUAGCUUAGAUAAUGUUGUUAUUGUUAAUAUAAAAUUUAUAUUGUGAACCAUGAACUGCCAUUUUAGAUGAUUUUACAAUCACAAUAGAAAUAAUUCAUUUUAAAAUGUCAAUGUAUUCAUAAUUAAAAAUUCGCUUAAAAAUU